AUGUCACCAUACCAACUAGUAUUUGGCAAGGCUUGCCAUUUACCAGUUGAACUAGAGCAUAGAGCCUUCUGGACUCUAAAACUACUGAAUUUUGAUGAGAAAGCUGCUGGGGAGAAGAGAUUGAUGCAACUCAAUGAACUGGAUAAGUUUAGAAAUCAAGCAUAUGAGAAUGCAAAAAUCUAUAAAGAAAGCACAAAAAGGUGGCAUGACCAAAGGAUAGCAAGGAGAGAGUUCACUGAAGGGCAGAAGGUGUUACUCUACAACUCAAGACUCAAGUUUUUCCCUGGAAAACUUAAGUCUCGUUGGUCAGGACCUUUCACCAUACUCAAGGUGUUUCCCUAUGUCAUGUGGAGCUCAUGGAAGACAAGACCCAGAGAACUUUUUCUGUCAAUGGCCAUUGACUCAAACACUACUUGCAAGGCUCCUUGGAGGAGCAGAGAGUGA